CUUCUAAAUUAUUGUUAUUAAACUAACAUAUAUUACACUCAGUGUUUAAACUGAUAUCUUUAAACACUCAAUACCUUAAUCUUUUAUAGUAUUUUUGCUCAGGCGAUAUCCGGACAUCCUUUACAUGCUAGUUUGAAACGAGAGGGCUUACAUUACGAAAACAAAUGUUUUGUGUUCAGUUUACAAAAUUAAACGUGUUUCCGUAACACUUAACAUCUUUCAUUAAGCUUGGGGAUUGUUAGAUUAUACUAUACUAUAGUUACAUUGCUUUAAAUGCGGAAAUCGUAAAAGAGGACGUUUAAACGUGCAGAACAUACUCUAGUAACGUUAAUCAUUCAUAAAGCAAUGGCAGCAGUAUCCUCACGUUACACUACUUUUAAAAAUUAAAUGUUCUUCACGCCGUCUCUACUCAUUCCUCUUUAAAACAGGUUAAACAUCUGCCGUUAUUACGAUGGUGGUGGAGGUGGAGAGUUUUUAUGGAGUUUAUAUGUUGUGUUGUACGAACCCUAAAUUUAAGGGUCGAAUAUAUAUCGGCUUUACUGUGAACCCAGAGCGCCGAAUCGGUCAACAUAACGCCGGGCGACACAGAGGGGGAGCCAAGAAAACCAGUGGCAGAGGACCAUGGGAGAUGGUGCUUAUUAUUCACGGCUUUCCUUCUGAUAUUGCAGCCCUUCGGUUUGAGUGGGCAUGGCAGCAUCCGCACAUCUCUCGUCGACUGUCCCAUGUUACCCGACGCACCCGUAAAGAGUCGAGUUUGCAGUUCCACUGGCGUGUAGUGUCAAACAUGUUACGGGCUGCACCGUGGUGUCGACUCCCACUUACUGUGCGCUGGCUGAAGCAGGAGUACGGUAUGGAGUUUGCUCCUGAGCUGCAACCUCCUCUGCACAUCCCUCUAACUUUUGGAUGUGUUCGUGCUAAGAGGAAACGACAGCAAGAGUGCAAGGAGCAAGAGGACAGACGGAUGGAGUGGUGUGCACUGUGCAGAGAGCUUGUGAAGGCUGCAGACAGGCUGUCUUGUUUUCACCCUACAUGUCAAAUGGUUUGCCAUUUGAUCUGCCUGGCCCGACAUUUUUUAAAGUCAGACCCUUCUCAUCUACUUCCUGUGGAGGGAGAAUGUCCCAGCUGCAGUCACUCAGUGCUGUGGGGGAGUUUGAUUCGCCACAAAAACGGCUGUUAUGGUGAUUUAGAAGAAAUAACCCCAUCAUUAUCUCAGAGUCAUUGGUCAGAUGAACUACAGUUAUGAGGACACAGCUGUUGUUAUCAUUUCAAGAAGUUUUCCUGAGACUGAGCUGACAAUGAAAUGGACGGCAUCACACUAGGGUCAAAAGAUGUUUUUAGGAAAUGGUGAGAGAUUGAGCAUUUAACUCAAGUCUCACUUGCCUUUAGCUAUGAUCAUAAAGCUGAAAAGUGUCUUCACACACAAGUUUAUAACUUAUUUUUACACACAACAUAUUUAUAAAGCAUUCAAUAAAUGAACAUAAUGUGUAAGCUUAGUUGACAAGAAUAUUGUCUGGAUAGGGAUUUUUAUAAAUAUGAAUUUUUUUUAAACGUUUGUAUGUAACAAUCAUGUAUGGUCAUAUGUUUUGUACAAUAAAUCAUGGUAUUUUUAUAGUUCAUGGGUCUUCAACCGGGGGUCCGCGGUGGAACUGCAAGGGGUCCGCUAAUUACUGUUUAUACACAGGCAACUUAAAAAAAAAAGUAAAGCAUGAGUACAGAAAUAUUACAACCAAUGUUCUCUUAAAGCUGCGCGCACGUGAGCUCCCGCGCAUUGCAACUUUAACCUGCGUGCGCACAAAAACAUCCAUGCAGGAAGCAGAAGCGAUAGAAGAAACGUUACAUCUGCAUCAUAAAAAAUCGGUAAGGCCAAAUCAAAUAAGUACCUAUGUCUUUCUUUCAAGACUGUAAGUUUAGAAUCAGUGCAUUCUCUGUCUCCUUUUCGACAAGUUCAGUGUAGGCUUGAAAGGAGUUUUCAUAUAUUUCUGAACUUCUGUUCAAAUUUGUUAGAGCUGUAAAGCGCUAAUUUGACAGGCAAAUCAUGACACUAGACCGCUUCUGCAUUGAAAACUCAGAAAAACUAUCGUACGUGUUUAAAAUCAAUGAAACGCGCACCGUGUACUGAUGGUGCACGUCAAACAAGUUGCCCCAAAAAUAACGUUGCAUGUAACUCUCCUAAUGUCUGUAAUACACUACAAGACUUUUAAAAUCUGAACAGAUUUUUUCUGUCUUUGUGCCAUUAGCAGGGUCAGUCAUCUCAUUGAAGCCUUAAUAAAAACUAAGGUUCAGGACAAGUAGAUGUUUAACUGUACAUCUCACAGUAAAAUGAAAAUGUAUGACGCUGCAAAUCCCAUAAAAUAAUCAAACAAUCUUUAUUAACAAUACAGUUAAUACACAGAAAAGUAUGUAUGUGCAACAAUAACAUGCAUAAUAGUGCUAAUGUAAUGUCUUAACAUAAUAUUGCUGUGACAAUAAGGGUUGUUUCUAUUUAAAUAGCUCUGUUUACACAUUUAGUAUAAAUGUGUAAA